AUGCGAUGCGCGAGCAAGGCCGCCGAGAGCGCGUCUGAACGUCUCUGUGCGGACGCCGAAGCAGAAACAACAGCAACUGAUGUCUCAUCGGUUGCUGAAGCGACCCAGCCUGUGUCACUUGGUGAUGCAGGCGCUGGUCAUGAAGACACUCGUGUCUUCACAGAGUACGAGCUCGGUGUCUCAUACUCUCCUGAUACGGAUGACGGAUCCGUAUCGACGGCGGUUGAAUCCAAGCCGCCUGCCAAGCGUGGAAUGGACGAUGCUUUGCGUCGCAGCAUCUUUGGUUCAUCUGAUGAAUCAGAUGAACCAUCGCCGAAGCGAAGGCGCUCGAGUUCGCGAGACUCGGGCGCUAAUAGUGGUGUCGGUUCUCCUAUGGACACCACUUCACAGCGAGGUGACAGUACUUCUGUCGGCACGUCGCAGGAAGAGCGGGACCGCAAUGUCUUGCGUCUCGCUCCUGAGAAGAAGGCAUGGAUGCCUCCAAAAUCCGUCAUGGAUCACUUGUCGGCGACGACGAGUGAUCGUUAUCGAACACGGAUUGUUCGAUUCGUCAAGGAUCCAUCACUUUGA